UUUCAAGAAUAUGCUCUCUUUUUUCUUUUUUUUUUUCUCAAUUUAUUUAUUUUAUUACAUAUGUUUUCUUUUUCAAAAUUAGACUCCAACCGACCCUUUUAAGUACCAUCCCUCCAUCCCUUGCAUUUGCCUCGCCCUGCAGCCUUUGUCAAGACAGAGCUACGCAUUCUCAUCUGAGUCAUCAUUCUUGAAAUCCUUAUUUCUACAAAGUUAAAAGAAAGAUGGCUCUCAAAGCUGUUCAUGUAUGUGAUGUGCCAAAUCUUGAUCAAGUCCAAGAAAGUGCAACAUUAGCCCUCUGCUCCACCUGUUUCUCCAAUAAAAGUGUUAAUGAUGAUGAUGGUGAUGAUAACAGAAAGUCUGUUCCAUUUAAAUUCCCAAAAUUUGUGGUGAUGGGUCACAGAGGGAGUGGAAUGAACAUGUUACAAUCUUCUGAUAGGAGAAUGAAAUCCAAGAAAGAGAAUUCAAUCCUCUCCUUCAAUGCUGCAGCUAAAUUGGCUUUGGAUUUCAUUGAAUUUGAUGUUCAGGUGACCAAAGAUGACAUUCCAGUCAUUUUCCAUGACAACUUCAUUCUUACUGAAGACCAGGGUGCCAUUGUUGAGAAAAGAGUUACAGACCUCACUUUAGCUGAAUUUCUCUCCUAUGGACCCCAAAAGGAGGCUGCACAUGUGGCAAAGCCUUUGUUCAGGAGAACAAAAGAUGGGAGAAUCUUUGAAUGGAAAGUUGAAGAAGAUGAUCCUCUUUGUACAUUACAAGAGGUUUUUGAAAACGUCCAUAGUACAAUAGGCUUCAAUAUUGAGUUGAAAUUUGAUGAUCAGAUUGUCUACAAACAGGAAGAUUUCGAACGCAUUCUUGGAGCAAUCCUGAAGGUUGUGUUUGAGCAUGCUAAGGAUAGACCUAUCAUGUUCUCUAGCUUUCAACCUGAUGCAGCUCAAUUGAUGAGAAAAUUGCAGAAUAAGUAUCCUGUAUUCUUCUUAACUAAUGGGGGAUCAGAAAUAUAUGCGGACAUAAGAAGGAAUUCAUUGGAUGAAGCAAUAAAAGUUUGUAAGGAAGGUGACCUGCAAGGAAUUGUAUCUGAAGUCAAGGCUAUCUUUAGAAAUCCAGAAGCAGUAACAAAAGUUAAAGAGUCUAAGCUUUCCCUCAUCAGUUAUGGCCUACUAAAUUGUGCAUUUCGCAGCAAUGUGCCAGAAGUGGUAUAUGUGCAGCAUUUGAUGGGCGUGGAAGGGGUGAUCGUUGACUUUGUUCGAGAGAUAACAGAGGCAGUCUCGGAUUUAUUUGAUCCUGCGAAAAUGAGUGAAGAAUUAAGAUUACUAAGCAAGGAAGGGAAUAUGCAAGUGGAAAUUCUAAUACCUGCUGAAAUAUCAGUAGACAGUCUCACUUGUUCAGUCACUAUAUAAUCCUGACAAAGACUGUUUAUUAAAUCUUCACUGUAUAAUUCUUGUAUAUGUAUAUAUAUAUUUUCCAAGAAACGGGUUACUUCAUGUACAUGAAAAAGAAAAACAAUAAUUAGGUUGGAUAUAAUACUAUAUAAGUAGUGUCAUUUUCUAACAUUAGUGAUUCCUUGCUUCCCUUCUGACAUCUGCA